AUGGAGGUGUUAGUGGUGUUAUCGGCUUUCUUGUUUGCUGUCAGCUCUAGUGCUAAGCUGAUUGACGGGGACCUGAAACUCCUUGAUGGGGACAACUUUGCUUCGGGGACGGUUGCAGUGUACCGGGGGUACGAGUGGGGUCGGAUCUGUGACGACAAUUGGUCCAUCCGUGAAGCGAAUGUUGUGUGCCGACAGUUAGGACUGGGUUUCGCUGUCCGCGCAAUGAAGCGGAAUCAGUUUCAUUCAGUUACUGGCCGCAAAUACUUUAUGGAUAAUGUGAGGUGCCUCGGAAAUGAAACACGAUUGAUAGACUGCAAAUUCGAUGGCUGGGCUCGACACGACUGUGCUGAAAACGAGGAUGCAGGUGUGCAGUGUGCUCAGGACACCAGCCCACGGGCCAAAAUCACCUGGAAUCCUCUUCGACUGGAUUACUCCAAAGAAGAACUAGACAACCUUUCUAAGGUUGACUUCACAGUAAGCAACCUUGGUACAAGUGGAUUAUUCAGGGUCAAAGAGUUGAAUGCUACGCAGACGGUCGAAGACGCGCAGAUUAUCAUCAUUCACCCUACCUCUGGGGAGGCUGGGGCCCUCUGUCCCGACCACUUCACCACAAUGGACGCAAUCGUUGCCUGCAAACAGAUCAACUCCGGUAUUGGCGGACGAAUUGUUGAGAUCCCUAUUGCCAAAGAGAUCUUUCCAGCAAUGAAUCACGUUGCCAUCAUUGGACACUGUUAUGGUAACGAAACGAACUUGAACAUGUGCAGACACUACGUGAAUCCCAAUGGUGUCAAGUGUCAAUCCACGAAGGCUGUAGCCAUCGCCUGCCAAGAUAAACUGCCGGACCUCGUGUCAGACAUUGAACAACUGGAGAAUUCUGUACAUGUGCAGAGACUCAGGCUUUGGCAUUUGGAGUGCGCACUUGAAGAACACUGCUUCCCUAACAGCGUGUACACCUACAUCGCUAAUAACCCAGGCCGUUAUCACUGGGACUCUAGAACCCUGAUCCGGUUUUCUUCCAUCACAAAGAACGUGGGAACCGCACCGUUUCUUCCUGCUCUCAUACCUGAGCACUGGGAAUGGCACCCCUGCCAUGCACACUACCACAGCAUGAAGGUUUUCGGCCGUUACGAGGUUGUGGACAUAAUGAAUCGUCUGGUAUCCUACGGACACAAGGCAAGCUUCUGUCUGGAGGAUAACUCUUGCGACAGAAACGUUACGAAACAAUUCUUUUGCAGCAACGUGAUGGACACUAAGGGAAAACAAGGCAUCAGCCCUGGGUGUCAAGAUGAAUACUUCUUUAAUUACGAUUGCCAGUGGGUGGAUAUUACAGACAUUCCCGUUGGAGACUACACUUAUCAGGUCACUUACAACCCUGAUUACCUAGUUCCUGAAAGCAAUUACUUCAACAAUGCCGUCACCUGCAAGAUGCAAUAUCGCGGAAAUUCGGGACGCUUUUACCAGUGCAAAAUUGUGCACCCGUUUGACCUCCUGUAA